AGUUACUUCAUCAACGUUGAGAAAGUUGAUUCUGUAUUUUCGUUUGUGGGAAACAACAAUUAUGUUGAAAAAACGACGGGUUAUAGAGAAUGCAAUAUAUGGCCUUUAAACCAUUUUUUUGUCCAUACGAAUCUAUACCGACGCCCAUUGCUUAAGAUUACGAGCAGACUACAGCUUUUUAUGGACAAUAACUUUGGUCAGAUUUUAGACAUAUUUGAAAAAGCCAAGCAUCAUCAUCGGAUUGAGCGCGAGAGAUAUACCGAUGCUAUUAAAAUAACUGGCAACAAGAUAAAGAAAUAUCUUACUGCUUGUGAAAUUGACAGCUUCUUUAUAAAGAAGUCCAGCAAACAUGCAACUGAAAAAAACGUAAUGAUCCAUGAAAGCAGUUACGCUAGUCUUUUUUUGAUGAUGUAUUUUGGCUAUCUCAACAAAUUGGUGACAAGUCAGCUCUAUGGAAGUUUUGGAAAUCAUUGGCAGGAUAAUAAAACUGGAUGCGUUAUUUCAGUGGAGAAGGCGUUAAUGAAUAAUUUGCUAGGCUCAAAAGAUAGAUUCCAAGAAUUAUUAUGUGGUAAUGGUUUACUAAAAGAAGCAGGAGAAACUAGAAAAGUUAGAAUCAUCACUCAAGGAGAAGGAAUACUACCUUCAAUUCAAGAAAAACUUGGUUUGUCUCUACCUCUCAAGUCUUACUUUAUCUUGGCUCAGCUACAUUCAACUUAUAUACAGCUUACUUUACAUCGAGUUGUAAAGAUUGCAUCUGUCGAAGAGAAGGCAUCGUCUAUUAUUAUUCUUGAUAAAGUAGUGCCAAUCAAAGAUGCCUACAAUUUUAUAUGUCAAAAUGUAUGGAGUCACAUCAAUUUGCACAAUGAACUUAAUUACUGCUCAUUGCACACUGAUGAUCAAAACUUGGCUCACGAAUUACUGACAUUAAAAAAUUAUAUGCGUGUUCAAGGAGAAUUAAAAUCAUAUAUUUCUGAAAUGUUCACAUGCAAAAGCACUAUUUUAAAUGCGGAACAGAAGAAAGAGAUAAGGAUCAGUGAUACAUGUGACUGCAGUGUUUAUUUAACUCAACGUUAUAUUCUUGAUAUCGGCCUAAAACCUAUAAUUCAAAACAUCACAUCAAUUAUAGUAUCAUCAAUAGAAAGUACGAAUUUGUUCGGAAACUACGCCACCAGAUUUUUAUUCAUUUCAGGAAAUAUAUUUUCGAUCGCACUCAGUUCACCAAUAUACACACAUUAUAUACUAUCAAUUCAAAAGGAGCUGGAUACUGAUAUCAUUUUGAAACAGAUACAUAUACAAGGAUUUAUGAUGAGACAUACUUUCUUUCAGCUGAUACAACCGACGUUGCAAGUAAAGCCCUUUAUGUAUGACGGAUUUUUUGUCGGAAAUCUUCAUCAAGUCUCAAGAGAUACUUAUGGAAUUUUCAUCAAUGACUUUUAUAAAAGCGAUACCAGUUACUCGAGUAAAGAUAUUCAUCCUUUCUUGUCUUGCACAAAUCAUAAAGACAGUGCAUCAUCAAACAUCAUACGAGGUAAGAAUUCAGCUAUUGUUAUUCUUCAGAAGGGACAACCUGUUCCUAGUACAGGAAUGACCAUGCAACUCCAAAUAAUGGGAUAUAGACACAGUGAAAAGAUGGAAGGUAACAAAUACACAUUACAAUUAGUUUUAUUAGACCUAGUGAAGUUAGAUCACUCAGCAGACACAAUGGAAGAUGGGAUUAUUUCUUUGGACAAACUACCUUAUAAUAUGAUUGCUUCGUUUGCAUUUAGUCGUCAGAGUGUUACAGCUUUUCCUAUUCGCUUAGAGAUAAUGCAAAACAACCACAACUCUUCAAUUCAAUUUUUCUUAAGAAUGACAGGUAGCCAUAAUGACUAUCAAAACAAAAGGAAGUGUAUUGUCAUGGAAGAACAAUUGACGGUAGCUUAUUUGUAACACUGAUCACUAGAUUAUGAAAUGAAUCAAAAGCUGUUCCAUAUCAAAACAAUGUAACAUGACUCCUACCCUUUUUAUAAUUUUGUGACAAAAAGAGGUCAUGCCUCUUGUACUCCCGGUUUAAUCAUGUCAUAUCACAGUUGUUGGCUGCGCACAGAAGGUU